UGCACGUUGAAUUUCUAUUACUACUGGCGGGAAGAUAGAAAGCAACGUCGCUGGAAUGUUCGGCCACGGUACAGUUACUUGAUUACAGCUUAAACUUAUUGCACUUAUUGAAAAGAAAAAAAGAAAACUUCUGAAAUGGCUGAAGCAGUGAAAGUUAUUGUAAGAUGUCGUCCAUUGAAUCAAAGAGAAAAGGAUUUGAAUUGCAAGAUCAUAUUGAAAAUGGAUUCAAGUUGUGGACAAUGCUCGAUUAUCAAUCCUGCUGAUGAAAGUGGACAACCAAGAAAUUUUAGUUUUGAUGGAGCCUAUUAUAUAGAAUCCACUACUGAAUGGUUAUAUAGUGAUAUCGUGUUUCCCAUUGUAGAUAGUGUUACAGAGGGAUACAAUGGAACAGUAUUUGCCUAUGGACAGACAGGUUGUGGCAAGUCUUUCACAAUGCAGGGAAUCACCAAUCCAUCAACUCAGCGGGGAAUAAUUCCACGAGCUUUUGAGCAUAUUUUUGAAGCAAUAGCAGCAGCUGAAAAUACAAAAUAUCUUGUCCAUGCUUCUUUCUUGGAAAUUUACAAUGAAGAAAUCAGAGAUUUGUCAGCAAAAGAUCAUAAGAAAAAACUGGAGCUCAAAGAACAUCCAGAGAAAGGUGUUUAUGUUUCGGGACUUUCUCUUCAUCCCGUGCAUAAUGUACAAGAAUGUGAGUUAGUGAUGGAGCAGGGCUGGAAAAACCGAUCAGUAGGUGCUACACUGAUGAAUGCAGAUUCCUCUCGCAGCCACUCUAUCUUCACUAUUCACCUGGAAAUGAUGGAUACAAAGGUUGAAGGGGAUCAACAUAUUCGUCAGGGAAAACUCAACUUAGUAGAUUUAGCAGGAAGCGAGCGUCAAAGUAAAACAGGAGCUACUGGGGAUCGACUGAAGGAGGCUACGAAGAUUAACCUUUCACUUUCAGCACUGGGAAACGUUAUUUCAGCUCUUGUGGAUGGCAAGUCUAACCAUAUUCCUUACAGGGAUUCUAAGUUAACCAGGCUGUUGCAAGAUUCUUUGGGGGGGAAUACUAAAACCUUAAUGGUUGCCUGCUUAUCACCAGCAGACAACAACUAUGAUGAGACUCUGAGUACCUUAAGAUAUGCUAACAGAGCAAAGAACAUCCAAAAUAAACCCCAAAUCAAUGAAGACCCCAAAGAUGCCUUGUUACGGGAAUACCAGGAAGAAAUCCAGCGACUUAAGACUCUACUCAAUGAGCAGCCUCCUGAUGUCGCUAUUCUUAAAACAGAUGAGGAAGACAAGUAUGGGGCUGAAAAUCUUCUAAAGGAAUAUGAUGAAAGAAUGAACAAUCUUCAGGAUAAAUACAAAAAAGAACAAGAAUCCAAAGCUAAGCUCCAAGAUGAUGUUUCUCGUCUUAAAGCUUACUAUGAAGAGGAGCUUUCAAAAAUGAAACCGUAUAAACCUGAAUCUGAUGAACUUGUGAAAGUAGAAGGCAAUAUUAUGCAGACUGAUCAUGUUCUGUCUGGAUCAUCAGCUGCAGUUAUUCAAAAUGGACAUUCAGACACACCACGGAUGUCACCCAUCCUGUCCCAUAGCAAUACAACAAAGGAAAAAGAGCCAGUGGUUGAUAUGCGAGAACAAGCUCUGAAGAGGUUACGCAAGUUGCAGGAACAGAUGGUUGGAGGAGAAAGAGCUAAUGACAAAGUUUUGAAGGAAAAACGAGCAAAAAAGAGAAAUUAUGCAGAAAAACAAAUUAAACAUAUUAAAGAGGCUUUGUCUAACCUGGAUAAUGAUGAUGGUAUAAUGCUGAAAGUUUAUGAUGACAUUCAUGAUGAAUUAAAAGCCAAGACUGUUCUUGUGAAGAAAGCAAAACAAAGAAUAAGAGUUCUUGAAAGGGAGAUCAGUGACUUACACAGUGAGUUUGAAGAAGAUCGGACUGACUACUUAGAAACUAUUAGAAGACAAGAUAGGCAAAUACAAUUUUUUCAACAACUGCUGGAUAAAGUUCAGCCUUGUAUUCGAUGGGACUGCAAUUAUUCAAACCUAGACAAAGUUAAGUUGGACAGCACAUGGGAUGAAGGCAUGCAAAGGUGGCACAUUCCUGAACUGCUUAUUGAAAGAACUUGCCUUCCUCCACCAAGUAUCCAGUCUGAGUUACAUGUACCUCAACCUAGUGUCCAGUCUGCUCCCACUCAUAUAGAAUCAAGCUCCUUCAGACAAUCUACUGAUGACAAACUGCUAAAGAAACUGGAGCGAGGAGAACAAGAAGAUAUUGCUGGUUCAUAUUUCAAAUUUACAAGACAAGAACAGUUGCUCAACAAGGUUCAGACAGAUGCUAGCCAAGUUUUUCCUUCUCAAGAAAAAAGCUGUAAUUUUCUGAAUGCAGGUUCAAAUAGAGAAGCCUUCAGAGGACUUAAAUGCCCCAAGCUCAAUGGUAAUCUAUCAAACUCCUUACAAGCCCUUUGUUUAUCAGAUUCUGAAUCUCAAAAACCCAGUCGUCUAAAUGCUCUCCCUAGCAGCUUUGAAUUGAAGAUAAAGGAGAGAAGAAAUAAGAACAAAACUAAGAAUGAUGUUUUAGAUUGGACCAUAUGACAGUUACCUAUCCCACAUGAAAAAUUAGGAUGUUUAAUGCCAUACCUCCAGUACUUUCAAACAAAUGCGAAGGUGAUACUACAACACUGUAUCUAAGUCGAUAAUAUUUAAAAAUGGAGGGAAAAGAACUACCACCACCACACCAUAGUAUACCCUAACCUCA